GCGGUGACCGAGCAGAGAGCUUCAUCCCGGGCAGAGGGAGAACAUGAGGUCGCUGUGGUUCACAUGGGUUUGUGUGGUUCACAGCUCGGAUCUGCUGUCUCACGUGGAGCACUACGAGGUGGUCCGACCCCAGAGGCUGCGGGGGGGGCAGAGGAGCAGCCUGAAGGAGGAGCAGCUUUAUCCUGACACAGUGCAGUACGAGUUGGCCAUUGAAGGGAGGACCCACACUAUUCACCUGGAAAAAAACAGUAAUCUCAUCGGGAGAGGCUUCACUGAAACCCACUAUUCAGGAGACGGGAAACGAGUCACCACGUCUCCGAGUGAGGAGCUCUGUUACUAUCACGGUCACAUCGCAGGGGAGCCGGACUCUUCGGUCAGUGUCGGGAUCUGUUCUGGAAUCAGCGGCUUCCUUCGAUCCCGGCAGCAGGUUUACCUGAUCGAGCCUCUGGGACGGUCUGAGGACGGAGACCAUGCAGUUUACAGACAUGAACACCUGAAGAUCAGUGACAGCUCCACGUCGAACCCCAGCAUGAUGUACGACCAGGACCAGGAGCAGAACCAGAACCAGGACCAGGGGCCUCCCCUUGCUGGUCUCUUCAGGUCCAGACCCUGGAAGACGAACCCUGUCACUCAGAGGUUUGUCGAGUUGUUUGUGGUCGUGGACAACGCGGAGUACCAACGAUAUGGAAGUGAGACAAAGUCCCGUGUUCUCGGGGCAAUAAAUCACGUUGACAAGCUCUAUCGAACUCUGAACAUCCGGGUCAUGCUGGUGGGCCUGGAGAUCUGGACGCACAAAGACUACAUCCAAGUGGAAGAAAACUCAGAGACGACUCUGGACAACUUCCUGUUGUGGCGGCAGGCCGACCUCCUGCGGAGGACGCAGCACGACAACGCCCAGUUUGUGACCGGCAAAGACUUGGAGAACAACACGGUGGGGCUGGCUAAUAAGUUCGCCAUGUGCACCGGAAACUCCGGAGGAAUCAACCAGGAUCACCAUGACAACCCGAUAGGCCUCGCCUCCACCAUCGCUCACGAGAUGGGACAUAACUUUGGUUUGUCCCACGAUGCCCCAGGCUGCGUGUGCGGUCCGUUCCACAGCAGCGGCAACUGUGUGAUGGCCGACAAGCUCAGGACAGGAAGUCAAGCGUUCCCGGAGUUCUUCAGCAGCUGCAGCGUUCAGCAGCUCGCUGAGUUCCUGGAGCGAGCUCAGCCCGGCUGCCUGGACAGACCCCGAGGCGUCAGGACCAUCGCUGUGGGCCCCCGCUGUGGCAACGCCCUGCUGGACCCUGGAGAGGAGUGUGACUGUGGCACCGUGGAGGAAUGCCAGAACCUCUGUUGUGAUGCCUCGACUUGUCGUCUGACGGAAGGAUCUCAGUGUGCUCAUGGCCCGUGCUGCGAUAACUGUCAGUUCCAACCAGCUGGAGGUGUGUGCAGGAAGUCGGCCGGCGACUGCGACCUGCCUGAAUACUGCACCGGCGUCUCGGGGGAGUGUCCCGAGGACAGCUUCCAGAUGAACGGCAAACCCUGCUCCGAGCAGGCGCCGGGCUACUGCCACGACGGCCAGUGUCCCACACACCAGCAGCACUGCUGGAGGCUGUUUGGACCCGGGGCCAGAGUUGGACCAGAUUUGUGUUUCGACCUGAACAAACGAGGCGAGGAAGGUUCAAACUGUGGGAAAACCAAACGGGGCUACAUCCCCUGCACGGCGCAGAAUUACAAGUGUGGGUCUAUAUUUUGUCUAGGAGGGGGCGAGUCCAUCACUGGUAAGAGGGCAGGGUUCACUGUGCGUGGCAUGGAGUGCAAACUGGUGGUGGAUGACUUCACCAGGAACCUCGACAUGGUGCCUACAGGAACCAGAUGUGGACCAAAUAAGGUUUGUCUCGACAACAGAUGUGUGGACAUAUCAGUUUAUGGGAAAGAGGAGGAAUGUUCAAAGAAAUGCAACAAUAACGGGGUGUGUAAUCACAGGAGCGAGUGCCAGUGCGAUCCCAGCUGGGCUCCGCCUCACUGCGACGUCCGCUACGCAGAUUUACCUCAAGGUCAGAAGGGAACAAUAGUCGGCGUGUGUGCCGCUCUUGCCGUCCUGCUGCUGGUCGCCGUGGUGAUAACGGGUCUGAUGUGCUGUAAAAAAGACAAAAUGGAAAACUACAUGACGAAAAGGUUGUUUCUUAAACUUUUAAUUCAGCGACACGUGUCUGUUUCCGUCUCUCCCACUUCCCGGCUGAAUGAAUUCUGUGUUUGCAGGAAAGUGCAUUCGGCUCCAGACAAGUUGAACCCGAUGUUCCAGGAAGCAGAGGUGAAAGAAAGACCUCAGAUCAGUCAGCCUACUCUCAUGGGCUCAACGGCAGCACAAGUCUGUGACCCCUUGAUCCUCCAUGUGACCCCGAGCAGACCAGCUCCGCAGCCACCACAGAAAGAGUCUCUGGUGUCGUCUACCACACACACUGAGCCGACAAAACCUCAACCUCCAGCAAAACCUCUGCCGCCUGUGAACAACCUACAGUACAAGGCAGCCAGACCAAAUCCUCCUCCUGUGCCUCCAGUCAAGCCUUGUCCUCCUGCAGCAGCCAGAGUCAAGCCGUGCACUCCUCCACCCCCCCCAGCGAAGCCUCAGGUCCACAGACCCACAUGACCUGUGGUCGCCCAGUAUGACACAGAGAGCGACGCCUGGAGACGUUGACUCAGAGCGUCUGAUCACAUCCGACUCACAGCUUCACGGCUGCGGUGGGAAAAGAGAGUUAUCGUUCACAAAGUUACAAUCAUCUGCUGCUGCAGCUGUAAUUGUUGUUUGUAAAAAAAAAACAUCCUUUGGUUGUAAGUGUUACAUUAAAUUAUCUUUUAUUAGUGUGAGGAAAGUUGUUUAUGUUCUAGAGACAAUAGAGAGUGAGCGUCGGAAGCAACGAGCCGAGAACGGGUUCGAACCAUCGACGGCAGAUUGACGACACAGCACCUCCCAAAAGGGAAGCCAAAGUAUUUAUCGCCCCCUGGUGGCUGGCUGCACUACAGGUCAUAAACCCCGCCUCUAUGACGUGUCGUCCAUCUUUAUUAAGUCUAUGGUUCGUACCUGUGUGCCUUAACUGCGGUUUGGACUCAGCCUCUUUAGUCACUAUUAUAAAAAAUACAGUUUGAAUAUUUAACUGUUUGCAAAAGGGCCUGUUGGAGAAUUAUCAGUGAGAUCGAACAUUGUUACCGAACCGCGGCUAAACCACUUGUUUCCACUGCCCAAAGAUUUAUAAUUAAACAAGUUUAACCCUGAUCAGCCACAAAACCAGUGUUGAAUCCCAUCGGUUUAGGAACAGGCCACCGUUCCACACCAGUUCUUCUUAAAUCGUUGCUGUUGUGUUCUGAGCCGAGGGGCCGGGUCCAGGGAACAGUUUGUGAGGCUGAGUUCACCCCAGUGCUUUUUGUACAGUCCCUAAAUCGGUCUGCACUUAGAGGUUAUUUUUAAGAAGGGUUAGACCGGCUGGUGGGAGGCCCGAUUGAAAUUAUAAGGAUUAUUCUGAGCGUAGUGAAUUGGCUUUUUGACGGCUUUA